AGAAUGUUGUUGGAGAUUUAAAAGGGAAACCUACAGCUAGGGAAGGAUCUGCUUGAUGCUGUUGCAGAGGGAACAUACUUUUAAAGAUUCUUAUAAUUUCUGUGGCAGAGAAUCUGAGAGAGAUCUGCAGAACUUAGUUUUACGAUCCUGUAAACCCUGUUGUUAUAUGUAGCACCGCACAAUGUGAUUAGGAAUUCCCUCUGAAUCUGUUUAGAGAGACCUCUAAGAGGAUAACUGGAGUAUAUUGUGAUCCUGCUGUACAGACCCCUAAAGAGCCCUAUAAAGUCUGAUUGGUAGAUUCUGUGUUUCCUAUUGUAGAUCCUGCAUUUGUACCAUAUAGCCUAACUGGAAGAUCAUGUGAUCCUGCUAUAGAUCCUGCAGCUGUUCUAAACAGCCAGACUGAAAGAUCCUGUGAUCCCUGCUGCAGGUCAUGCAAUUAUACCACAUAGCCUGUGUGGGAGAUCCUGUUAUCCUGCUAAAGAUCUUGCAAUUGCACCACAAAGCCAGGCUGGAAAUUCCUGUGAUCCCUUCUAGAGGCCCUGCAAUUAUAUCACCUAGCCUGCGAGAUCCUUUUAUCCUGCUAAAGAUCUUGCAAUUGCACCACAUAGCUAGACUGGAAGAUCCUAUGAUUCCUGCUAGAGAUCCUGCAAAUUGCACCACAUAACCUGACUGGGAGAUCCUGCCUUCCAUGCUAUAGAUCAUGUAAUUGUACUACACAGCAAGACUUGUAGAUUCUGUGAUCCUGCUAAGGAUCCUGCAAUCCUACUACAGAUCCCGCAAUUGUACCACACAGCCAGACUGGGAGAUCCUGUGAUCUUUUGCUGCAGAUCCUGCAUUAACACCUGAUUGCUAGUGCCUGUGAUAUAUCUUGCAUAGAUCCCAGAUAAGAAGGAUACAGUACUGAACUUGGCUUCCAGUCCUAAAGUUUGUCAUUCAUAUAGGGGGAUAAUUAAAGAGAGAUGCCUCAAGCCUCUUCUUAACCCUGCAACUCAGAUUCCGCAACAUUUUCACAAAGAAGCCAUUAUUAGCAUUGGGCCAGACCAGGAUAUAAACAAGUACACAUUACAAAAGAAUGAAGCAAUAGAACUUUAUGAAACGUACUCCAUGUGACAGAUACAUCAUUUAUUUAAAGAAAUCUCCAGUGAAAAAUAUCACCAAUUCCUACUUUUGUCACUGGCAGGAAGAGAAAUCAUCAGCUUAUUUUACAGUGGGAGUGACCAGUCCUAUCAGCAUUAUAUGAGAAGUUGGCAUUCCCCUGGCUGCUGCAGACACACUCUUUUUGCAAGUCAACAAGAUGUGUAGCCUUUGGAAGAAGAUGCUACCACUAACUAUCAUGGUACUUUUCACAGUCCCUUCAGUCUAUGGAUUUGUGGUGAAGGGAGUGGAACAUCAGCCUGUUACAUUGCCCUGUACUUAUAAAGUUAGCAGUCCUGGGGAUAUCACCACCAUGUGUUGGGGACGGGAUAGCUGCCCCAAUUCAAAAUGCAAUGACCCUCUCAUCUGGACUGAUGGGCAUAAAGUGACCUGGAGGAAAUCUGCAAGUUACGACUUAAGGGGUAACCUUGCAAACGGGGAUGUAUCGCUAACAAUUCAGAAAGCGAGCAUGCAAGAUCAAGGGACAUACUGUUGUCGUGUAGAACACCAUGGAUGGUUCAACGAUAUGAAACUAAACAUGCAGCUGAAGGUGGACAAAGUUCGCACAACUGUUCGGCCAAAGACCACGAGUUUCACAACAACAACAACAAAACCUCCACCAGUAAGGACAACGACAACCGAUCCAACCACAUUUCAUAUAGACAUUCAGACAGACUCAACAGAAUAUGUCAACACAGUACAUAUUGCAACAUCAGAUGCUGUGAGUGCUGUAAUGUUCCCUACUGAAAAUGCACCUGACGCAGCGUCUACCUCCUUCACAUCAUUUGUACAAACUGAUCCCACCGCACUGAUAGAUAACCAAGAGACAAACAACAGCUAUAGCUCAGAACAUACAACAAGCUAUACCAGGUUAGAGACUGAUUGGGAAACAACCAGUUUCUCAGAUGAUCUUCCAGUAGAAAUAACGGAGAUGGGGUCUGACAUACCUUCUUAUGUAUCAACAGUGCAAUACAGCACAGUCACCCUUCUGACAGCAAAUGACAUGGACCCUGAUAAUCUUCCAGAGAAUGUAGCCUCAGUUGGCACAACAUCGUCAGAUUCAUCAUCUGUUCCUUCCAUAUCACCAGACAUGAUAGAGAAGCAGAAAGGCAACUCAGCGUUUACUGAUUUGCAUCCGAAGAACAUCACCAUUAAGGACAGAGAGACAUCAGGACGACUCCCACAAUACAUUCUGCCAACUACAUUAAGCAUAUUUAUCAUUGUGUUGUUCCUCGUAGCCAUACUAGUGAUAAAACACAGAGGAAAGGAUAGUGGUGCUUAUCAGUUCCAUUAUAAUCCCAAUUUAGAACUUGUCACACAUGCUGAGAACCCAAUGAGUGAAAUACAAGACGACGCAAUAGAAACAAACCAAGCAGAUAAACAGAACGGCCUGUAACCCAUGAAACAGUGGGUAACGGAAGGUACUAUCAGCAAAAGUACAACAAUAUCCUCCAAAUAACCUUGUCGUGUGCAGUUCACCAUCUAUGAUUCUGACAAGUAACUGCAGGAACUGAACAUUGGUGAUUCUUAACUCUUUUGCUGCCAAAGUGAUUGGUGACUGAACUCGCCAGCGCUGCGGAAUAUGUUGAGGCUUUAUGCAUAAAAGAUUAAUAAGAAUGAAAUAACUUUAAUGAAUAAAACUCUCUGAACCUAAUUAUCUUUGAAAGCAAAUAUAUCUACAAAUUAUCCACACGGAAGCAUGCUGGACAGUGCAAUAGUACCUUAUUUGAAGAAGGAAAACCUCAAAGGACUAAUAGCAACAUUCUCAUAUAAUGACGUCUGCCUAAUUUACAUUGAUAAAAUGUCAGGAAAUGUUGUGCCACUGGCCCUGAGCUAUGGCUGUGUUUUGUGUGUUGAUAAAGUUGCUGUUUUUUAUUUUUAGCGAAAUAUAUUUUCCUGCUUCCUAACAGUACCAAAGAAAAUGUGGUGUCACACGAGAGCCAAUCACAAGAGGCAUAUGGCCACCAAUCAUUAGCUAGCUCACAGUAAUGCAUUGCUGUACCUAGGGUUGCCAGGUCUCCAGUAUUUUAGCAGGCUGUCCAGUAAAAUAUAUAAAAAAAAAUACUGGACACUUAAAUGUCCAGUGUUAAAGUCCCCUAAGUGUUAAGCUAAAUGGAAGUGACAUUGCAUUUUCUAUUAUAUGUGUUACAAGCAGCCAUGGUUGUGUCAAAUGCUUCUUUUAGUCAAGAGGUUACUGGUAACAAAAAUAAAUAAAUAGUUGAAGUGUAUGUUAUUGGCAACGAAGGAAUACAAUGACAGCUCUGUUGUAUAAAAUAAACAUGGUGGGAUCAAGGGUGGGGCCUUAGGUUGAGCUUUUUUGGAGACCCCACCUACCACCCGUGCCCGAUCACUGAUAUGCUGUCUAGUAUUUAUAUGGAGCACAGCUGGCAACUCUAGCUGUACCUGAGACUACCUAGAUAUGCUUUUCAGUAAAGGAUACCAGGAGAACAAAGUACAUUUGGUAAUAUAAGUACACUAAAAAAUCUUUUAAAAUGGCAUGCUCUGUCUGAACCAUAAUUUUAACUUUUUUGUCCCAUAAAACAGUUACUUCACUCCAUAGUAAUAACCAAUACAUUUUUGGCCAGAUUACAAGUGGAGAGCAAUAUUUGCGCUCCACUCAGUAAUACUAUUGCAAGUAAAUUUGCGCUGGUAUUUCAGGUACAGCCCAAUGCCAAAUGCCAAGUGCUCCAAUGGGAGCCUCGUUUUUAUGCCAGUAGUCACGGCAAACCACCUGGCAGUAAUAAAUAAAUAUAUAUGUAUAUGCUUAUAUACAUAUAUAUUUAUGUGUUUAUAUGUGUAUAUACAUAUAUAUUUAUAGAGAAAGCACAGUCCCCCAUUGAUUAAAAGGCAUUAAAAGUAAAGGCACUUUAGGAGUAUUUAUUUUUCUUUCAAACACUCCACAUCCUCCCACUUUAACCCUUUAUAACUGCUUUGUGCUGUUUAAAAAAAAAUAAAGAGGUCUGACCUCUGGUUAAAGGGACAGUAAAGUCAAAACUAAACUUUCAUGAUUCAGAUAGGGUAUGCAAUUUAAACAACUUUCCAAUUUACUUGUAUAAUCAAAUUUGCUUUGUUCCCUUGGUGGUAUUUUUGAAAAGCUAAACCUAGCUAGGCUCAAACUGAUUUCUAAACCGUUGAAAACCGCCUCAUAGCUCAGAGCAUUUUGAAAGUUUUUCACAGUUAGACAGUGUUAGUUCAUGUGUGUCAUAUAGAUAACAUUGUGCUCACUCCUGUGAAGUUAUUUAGGAGUCUUCACUGAUUGACUACACUGCAUGUCUGUCAAAAGCACUGAGAUAAGGAGGCUGUCUGCAGAGUCUUAGAUACAAGGUAAUCACAGAGGUAAAAAGUAUAUUAAUAUAACUGUGUCGGUUAUGCAAAAACGGGGAAUAGGUAAUAAAGGGAUUAUCUAUCUUUUUAAAUAAGAAAAAUUUUGGUGUAGACUGUCCCUUUAAUUGCGCUUAGCACAAAGUGAAAUCAAGAGCUUACAGUCACAUUAAUCAGCUACUUGUAAUACCUGGUUAUUUAACGUGUGCCCGUAAACGGGCAAAUUUGCCCCUUUAUGGGAGAACGUUAAUAAAGUGAUCCACUUGUAAUCUGUCCCUUCAUUUGGCUUUAUGCCAUACUCUGUUAGAGGUCCUGGUGAUCGCUGGCACAAGUAUUCUAGCUUACAAGAUGCCAUGAAGAAAGCCACAAAAUCAUUCACAUAUUUAACACAGCAUUCAGCAUAGCAGUGGGGAAAUGUAUUAUUAGGAAUAAGUGAACAUGGAUUAUGUACAUAAAAUAAAUGGCCAAAUGUAUUCAAAUCAGAUUUCUGAACCAUGCAACAUAGUUUUGCUUUUCAAUUCAUCAUCUUCAGCAGAGCUUGUGCAGCUUUUUUUAUUUUCUACAGAAGCUGUAAAGCAUUAUCCAUGGUAACUAUAACAGAGACUGAAAUGACUAUGAUUAUCUCUCAUUAUACUACAGUGUACUCUUCUCAAAAUAAUUCCCAGUAAUAAAUAUACCUUGUUUGCGAUAAUUAGAACCAAA